GUAAAACUCUUUUUGACCCUGUUCUCUAUUUAUAUUUGGAAUCGAUCACCAUCUAAUCAUUGCUCUAAUACCUUUAUACCAGGUGGACAAGCGGCAGCUGGCUACACAACACGUUGACAGCAUCCAGAGCAGAAGAUGAAUGGAAUUAAUGGCCAUGAUGCAGAUAUUUCAGACUUCAGCCAUGCAAAGGGCCAGCACUUUCUAAUUGAGGCUUUCAAAGUUAUCUUCGAGGAGGCUAUUUGUAAAGCCACAGAUGUGAAUGAGAAGGUGUGUGAUUGGCAUGAUCCAGAGCAGUUGGAGGAGCUGCUGGAUUUGGAGCUGAGAGACAGUGGAGAGUCACAUGACCAGCUGCUGUCCAGAGUCCGAGAUGUCGCCAAAUACAGCGUCAAGACCAACCAUCCACGGUUCUUUAAUCAGCUAUUUUCUGGACUUGACUACCAUGCCCUGGCUGGUCGACUCCUGUCAGAAACUCUCAAUACAAGCCAAUACACAUAUGAGGUGGCCCCAGUGUUUGUUCUGAUGGAGCACGUGGUUCUCACCAAACUCAUCUCAAUGGUGGGCUGGCCCAGUGGCGACGGCCUCUUCUGUCCAGGUGGCUCUAUGUCCAACAUGGUUGCCAUGAAUGUGGCACGUUACCAUGCCUUUCCUCAAAUAAAACAGCAAGGACUCUGGGCUCUGCCACGGCUUGCUGUCUUCACCUCUCAAGAAUGUCAUUAUUCUGUGAUGAAGGCAGCAGCAUUCCUUGGCAUAGGGACUGACAAUGUUUUUCAUGUGAAAACAGAUCAAAGUGGUUCCAUGGACCCACAAGACCUUGAAGUAAAAAUCAUGCUCGCCAGAUCACAGGGCGCAGUCCCUUUCUUUGUGACUGCAACAUCAGGCACAACUAUACGUGGAGCUUUUGAUCCCCUGGAAACUAUAGCCGACAUCUGUGAAAAGCAUUGCCUAUGGAUGCAUGUGGAUGCUGCUCAUGGCGGUAGUGUGCUCUUCUCGAAAAAACAUAAGCAUCUUGUGAAAGGAAUUGAAAGAGCCAACUCCGUGACUUGGAACCAACAUAAGAUGCUGACAACAGGUCUGCAGUGUUCUGCAUUCCUUGUUAGGGACACUGCGAAUCUGCUUCAAAAAUGUCAUUGUGCCAGUGCCACAUACUUGUUUCAACAAGAUAAGUUCUAUGACAUGAGCUUGGACACAGGCGACAAGACUAUCCAGUGUGGUCGAAAGGUGGACUGUCUGAAACUAUGGCUGAUGUGGAAAGCAGUUGGCACCAAAGGCCUUGCAGAGAGGGUAGAGAGAGCCCUUUCCCUGACAAGGUACCUUGCAGAGGCAAUCAAGAAAAGAGAGGGAUUUCAACUGUUGAGUGAGCCAACAUUUGUGAAUACUUGCUUUUGGUACAUACCACCCAGUCUGAGGGGGAAGGAGAACAGUGCCGAUUACCAAGACAGACUGUCAAAGGUGGCCCCAGCCAUAAAGGAACAAAUGGUGAAGGAGGGAACAAUGAUGGUGGGAUAUCAACCAUUGAAUGGACAGGUCAACUUCUUCCGCAUGAUUGUCAUCUCUCCACAGACCUCUCAAAGAGACAUGGAUUUUUGUCUUGAUGAAAUAGAGAGACUCGGGAAAGAUCUGUAACAUGAAUAUUUAAAACAGCACAUUAGCAACACACAUUAGCCUAAUGAUUGCACCUGGGUUUUCUUUUUUUGUCUGUUACUCUCACUCAAACUAAAACAAAAUGUUAUUACUAGGCCCCAGUAAUUACUAUUACUACUACUACUACUACUGCUAUUAUGUUUCAUUUAUAAGUAGCCUGGUGGUGUUUUUUGAUUUGCUUAAGCAGGGCCUAUGAGUCUAUGCUGAAAAAUAAUUAUGAGCCUCAACUCAGAAACAAUAAAAAUGAAAAAGA